UGUUGAAGAGAGUGAGCACCGGUGGCGCAUCCACAACCCCUGUGUCCAUUCAAAACAUUCGGCAGUGUACAAGUGCAAGUCACGCACACGGAUGUACCGGCCGUGAGUCAGUCACGAUAUUUUGUAGAAGCAGGUUGAAAGCGUUACCUUGUGCAGUUGAAGAGAAUACACACGUAUGGAGUGAGGUGCUGCUGCUAUAAUGGAGCUCAGCAGGGGAGAGGUGCCACUUUAUGGUCAGGUGGAGGUCUUUGUGAAGCUGCAGGUGUCUCCGUGUGUUCAGGAGGAAGCGGACUACUAUGUGGUCGUUGUGGGCUCGUCCCUUCACCAUGUAACUACAGCUCACAGGGCCGAGGAUCACGGCUUACUUAGAUUCACUGUGCCUGGUCACAAUGUUCCAGAGAAAGUAUCUGUGGAGGUCUACUGCUUCACGAGGAACAGCGGAAGUCCCAUCAGCCAUUCAGGAGAGCUCUCUCUGGAAUACAUACAGGAUGAGGCACAAGAGGUGGCGAAGCAGCUGAUAAACUUUGAACCCUUGACAUCCAGCACCCAUCAGGAUAUCCUAAGGAAAUUCUGCCCAGAGAAAAGGAUUUCAUCUGAGAUGAAUCAUUUAGAACAGAUUGACCAGCUUGGGACAAAUUGGAUUUGUGAUCUACAGGAAUUAUUUCCAUUGGAAAGCCUAGCAGAGACAGAACAAGGGCACAAUGUUUGUGAGCAGCAGAUUUUCAGCCAGAGCAAAGCUUCAGGAACACCAGAGUGUGAUCCAGAGCACAGACACACAGUACACAGUUCUGCUGAUGAAAAAAUCACACAGGCCUUGGCUAACUUGCACUUUCUGGCAUGGGACAGCCAAGCUGGACAGGAGAAGCAAGAUCUCCUUCCCAGGGAAACACCUCUACAUGUGGCCAUACGUUUGGGGUUCCCGCACCUCAGUCACUUCCUCCUCCAGGAGUCUGAAGGUCAGAGGAUGGUUUCCAUAGCCGACGACGAAGGGCAGAGUCCCCUCACACUGGCUCAGAAGCAUGGAGACCCAGUGCUCAUCAGUGCUCUAACAGAUAGCAGUGCAUGGAGGCCAGUGUGGAUGUGUCAGAUAUGGACUGACGGCUCUCACCAGCUCCGUAUCUGUCCCGUCACCAAAUCUAUCAGCCUGACUGUCAAACACGGCACACCGAUAGAUGCACAAAGCAGCAUCCAGCUGUUCAGAGAGAAGAGCAGAGAGCCGGAUACACUCGCACGGGUGGUGCGACUGAGCGACUCGUCUGAGGGGAGUGUGCACACCUCUGAUGUAUGUGAUGCAGAUCUGAACAGUCAGCUGAGAAUUGAGGACCAAAGCCUGGUGGAUAGUGUCUUUGAAGAACAGCUUGUUCUCUGCCUAGAUGAAGAGGACGAAGAUCUAAACUCGGAGAAGUUGUGUUCGUCUCCUGGUUCCUGCCCUCCGUUUCCCCUUCACUCCUCAGGCGCUGCUUCCGUCAGGCUCACAGCCAUGCUCAGAGGCUCCACUAAGGACAAUGACCUCAAUAUGAAGUACAAUGUUACAGGUGUCACAGAGGACAGUUCUGGGACAGAUAGUGGCGUGUGGCGAAUGUCAGAUACAGGGGUCUUAUCACCAGGGACAAUAGAUAUGCCUCCAGCUAUUAAAGAUGAUGACGGGCAGAGAGGACGGCAUCCCGGCUCGCGUUCUUUCUCUCCCACCUCUCCAGCGGGACUAAUGCUGGAUAGACUCAUGCGUGCCACACGACCUGCUGAACUGACCUAUAACAGUUCAAGCUCACCGACAGAGUCAUGUGACCUAAGAAGCCCAAUCCUCUCUCUAAGCCCGAGUCUGGUGGCCUUGGAAAUGGACAGCGAGGAGGAUGAUGAUGAUGACAUUUUAAUGAAGAAGCCCCUCCCCCAGCCACAGCCUGAGCUCAAAAACAGCGCAGAUGGGCAGAUUGUGUUUAGUCCCGCCUCUGUUCUUACCUGCACGCGUUCUCACUCUGCCUCCUCUGCCUGUAACCCCACUCCUGCAAAGGAUAUUGAGCAGGGCAUCCGUCUGCGUUCAUAUUCCUACACCUCCCCUAAAAUCAGCCUGCUGCCUCCACGAUUCAGUAGGGAUGCCCACCCUCCAACCACCAACCUCAACCAGGAUGGUGCCCUCCCCAGUAGCAGUGGCAGCAGGUCUCUCCUACACGCCCUGUCUCUGUCUAAAUCUCUGUCUCUGCUCAACCCUGUUAAACAUCGUGCCUGCAGCACAUCAGAUCAGCCUCAAGAGAAAAGGGAGUUAAUGUUUCGUAGGCGCGCUCAGUCAGCUGAUGAUGAGACCAGUGCAGAGUUGGCCGACUCCCUCCAACACCUCACGCUCUCCGAAUUCCUCAAAGAGAUUGAGGAGGAGGAAUGGGACAAAUAUAUCAUCCCUUCCAAAUCAGAGUCAGAAAAAUACAAAGUCAGCCGCACUUUCAGCUUCAUAAAGAGCCGAAUGUAUAGUACCCGCAACAAGAGCAAGGGGAAAGGAAAAGAGAGAGAAACCAAAGACAAACAGGUCAAUGGACACCAGUUCACAGCAGGAUCUGUCCUGGGGUCGACACUUUGUGAGAUCUGCAGCAAGCCAGCUUCUGGGAAAGAGGUCUUCCACUGCGCAUACUGUGCAGUGAGUGUCCAUAAGGGCUGUAAGGACUCAUCGACGCCAUGCCUGAAGAAGCCUCAAGACAAAUAUUCUGUGAUGACAGUAAAAAGCAGGACAGCCUCCCUCCCUCAAAAUUUUAUAGUGCGUGAAAGUUCCUCGUCCUCUCAGAUACCCACCUCUGCCUCUCUUCCUGUGAUGACAUCACGAGACUCUACUCCUCUUCCUUGCCCUCUGUCCAGAAGUGUGCCUGCAGUCACAGAAAGGCUUAGUGAGAGCCCAGAAGCAGAUAGUGACUCCUCCCCGUGGCGGAACUACAUCCAAUCAGAGGAGCUCCUCCAAACAAUGGAGUCCUCAACAUCCACUGAUUCGUCUCUCAUUGAAGACACUGUAGAUGCCCCCCUACAGAAUGAGCUGGUGAUGAAUGCUAUGGAUUUAGAGGCGGAGUCAUGGAGCCUAGCGGUGGAACCCCAGUUCUGUAAGAUGCAGGAAAAACGCAUCGUCAAGAGACAGGAUGUCAUUUACGAGUUCAUGCAAACCGAGCUCCAUCACGUCCAGACGCUCAUGGUAAUGGCGGAGGUCUUCAGGAGGGGAAUGCGGGAGGAAGUCGGGCUGGAUACGGACACCAUUGGUCGGAUUUUCCCUUGCUUAGAUGAACUGCUUCUCCUCCACCGUGACUUUCUGUCAGCGAUGAGGGAACUACGGCAAAGCUGUGUCCAGCCAAACAGCAACAAGAACUACCUCAUCCACCAUGUGGGUGACAUUUUUCUGCAACAGUUCUCCCAGGAGAAUGCAGAGAAGAUGAAGCAGGUGUAUGGUGAGUUUUGCAGUCAUCACACAGAAGCGGUCAGCUACUUCAAAGAGCUUCAGCAGCAGAACAAGAGAUUUCAGCUCUUCAUCAAACAACAGAGUAGCAACUCAUUGGUAAAGAGGCGAGAAAUCCCAGAAUGCAUUUUGUUAGUGACGCAGCGAAUAACGAAAUACCCUGUCCUCCUGGAGAGAAUACUGCAGUACACAGAGGAGCACACAGAAGAGCAUGCUGACCUGUCUCGUGCGCUAGUCCUGAUCCGAGAGCUGAUCUCUGCUGUGGACCAGCACGUGAGUCAGUUCGAGCAGAACCAGAAGCUGAGUGAGGUCCUGGGCCGCAUGGAGAACAAGUGUACUACCAAACUGAAGAGUGGUUACACCUUCCGCAAGCAGGACAUCACCAGUGGCAGGGCUCUGCGGCACCAGGGCCCGCUGCUCUGGAAGACGGCCACAGGAAGACUGAAAGAUGUUUUGGCGUUUUUGCUGUCUGAUUCAUUGGUGUUCCUUCAAGAGAAAGAUCAGAAAUACAUCUUUGCCGCUGUGGACCAGAAGCCUCCAGUGAUCUCUCUGCAGAAGCUGAUCGUGCGGGAGGUGGCCAAUGAGGAGAGAGGCAUGUUUCUGAUCAGCGCAUCUUCAGCUGGGCCUGAGAUGUAUGAAGUGCACGCUACUUCUAAAGAUGAACGCAAUGCCUGGAUGAGACUCAUCAGAGAGGCUGUGGAGAGUUGCCCUGAAGAGGAGGAUGAGACUACGAGUGAAUCAGAAGAGGAAAAGAGAGUUACCGAAGCAAAGGUCCAAAAGAUUCACAGGCUUCAAGAGUCUCUGUGCGGCCACGAUCAUCUCAUCUGUGCCAAUCUGGAGGAGAAGCUCCACAUCUACGCCGAGCUGUCAGUCAUGGCAGGACAACGCGAGCCAGGUCCAGACCCAAGGCUGCUGGUACGGCCCAGCAUGGAAGACAUCCCCCAGGCUGGAGUACUGCUCGGCGCUGCUCUUAAAGAGGCGGAGAACCUGAGAGCAGCUCUCUCCUCUCACUAUGCUUCUGCUGCCAUCCUGUCUGGUCCAGAAGAACAGACUCAAUCUGAGCCCUGCGCUCCCUCCUCGCCUCUGCCUCCUGAGAACCAGAGCCCACUGAAGGACACCCACCACAGUGAAGAGGAGUGGAGAGGAGAGGAAGGCUUAAAAAUACAGGCCUUUAAUCACAGCGCGGAUGCUGAUCACAACGUACACCUAAAGGUGAGUCAGAGUGUGCAGAGCUUGACUCAGCUGCUGUACAGUCUACAGGCCGCAGUCACCAUCCAAGACAGUUGCUAUGAAGUCCAGAGGCUCCUCCUCCUCCUGUUAUCAAACACCUCCUCUCACCCACACUCCCGCCCACUGCCCAUCGCUCGCAGCAGCCAGGCCCUGCAGGAGCAGGAGCGCCAGCGGGAGGCGGAGCGGCGUCGGGAGGAGCUGGCGGACGUGGCCCGUCUACGGGGCACCCUGGUACGAGAGCGGCAGCAGUGGGACCGAGAGUGCCAGGUGCGGCAGAUUCAGCAGUCGGAGCUGGAGACGUCAUUGGAGCAGAGGGAGCUGUUGUGCCACCUAGAGGAGCGGAGGCUGCAGAGCGAACGACAGGAACUCCAUGAGCAGCUGCAGGAGUACCAGCAAAGCCUGGAGAGGCUGCGAGAAGGUCAGAGGAGUGUAGAAAAGGACAAAGAGAAGCUGGACACUCAGCGGAGACUGCUGGAGAGUUUGAAGCAUGGCUGCCAGCAGAACCUGCCCGCCAUGGUCAUACCACUAGAUGGACAGCAGACACAGGACGCUGGUCACCAUCAGGACGAGCAUGGAUCCAUUUUUGUGAACGAGGCAGCAUUUAUGUCUCCCUCUCUAAACAACCGGCACAUCCACCUUCAACAUCAUCCACACCACCAUCAUCAGACUGUCCACCUGCACUCGGGAUCUAUAGGAUUCUCGGAUUCUCCCAGUGCUCAGAACAGUCUCAAUUCACUCCUGGCACGAUCCAACCACAGACAGAGCUCUGCUGGAGUGUCUGAUGCUCCUGCAGGGCAUGAGAGUUGGACUGGAGGAACAAUGUACUCGACCCCUCUGAGAAGUCUAACAGAGAGCCCAAAUAAUGAUGUGGGUCAGCUCAGCCAUCUCCAAGAAUCUUGGUCAGCCGAAGGAACAGGGAUGGGGCUUCCUCAAGCCGACGUCCUGCUUGUCAACCAGCCCUUUGUUACCAUGGAGACAGAGAACAGAGAUACUGAUGGAGAGGAGAACAUUGUGUAUCUCUGAAAUGAACAAACAAGCUUUAGUUGGUUUUGAAACAAAACAUUUGGACUUGGAUUUGCAAUUUGAUAUUUGGAUCAGGAUAUGAUCCCACUCUUUAUUUGUGUAGGUUUUUUUUUAUUCUUUCAUUCAUCGUAGCACACUUUUGGCCUUCUGUGACAUUCUCCAGACUUCAUAGCACUUACUUUGGUCCGUGUGUGAGAUGGGGCUUGUCGAGUGGCUGUGUUUUGCUUUAUAGCCUGGAGCCUGCAAUGACUGAAUCAGGUUAGGCAGUUUCUGCACGCGUUUAGUCACACAUACUAAAGUCCCCUCCCACAUUGCUGCACAGUGUAGUUUUCUCCAACUGUCCAUGUCAGCUUACAUCAGGACACAAAAAUACUGACCCUUUCGUUCAGUAGAUGAACGAUGACUUGGUUUAUAAAAGCAUUCUCAGCCUAUUAUAUGAGUCAGGCUUAUGUAUGCGUGUGUGUGUGUGUUUGCGUUAGGAAUCACAUCAUCACCUCUUUCAAAUUCAAUCUCUCACAUUAGGAAAUUGGUUUCACAUGUAUGGAUGGAGGGGAAUGUGUAAAAUGUGUCCUCUUCUGAAACAUUUCAGUUAUUUGAUGCUCACGAAACAUUGCCUAUAAUGUCGCAUAUGCAGUGAAUAUCUGAAAAGUCUCAUCAGCAUUCAGAUUACACACUGGCAUUCACCUUUAUCUCUUGAUACUUUAGGACAGUAUAUUGUCAUAUCAGCCUGAAGGCUUUGUUCAUGCAUUUUGCAUGUUGUCAGUUACAUUAUUCAUUGUUUGUUUUAUGCGGAUCAA